UCCGCCAUCUCUCCAGUCUCCCUCCUACAUCACCUCACCUCUUCGUCUCAACCUUUCUCAUCUACGUUGUAUAUCCGAGGACCACCAAGUCCCGUGUAAGAUCCCGCCCCCGAGCCGUGUUUGGCGGAUUCCCGGCCUGUGGGUGUUGUCUUGUCUGCUCUCCUCAGCUUUACCUAUUGUUCUGCUCCGAGGAUGUGGGAGACUGUAUGGCAGCAGCCGGCUUAUUUUUGGGUUCCUGUUCUGUGAAGGGGGCAUCUUGAGGGUCACAGAAAGAGCAUCAUGAGCAACCAUGGAGACUGCACUGUCAGGGUGGCACUGAGGAUUCGUCCUCAAAGCAGUAAAGAACGUGCUGAAGGAUGCCACUUAUGUACGUGGGUUUACCCUGGAGAACCCCAGGUUCUUUUAGGUAAGGACAAGGCUUUCACUUAUGAUUAUGUGUUUGACAUGGACACUGAACAGGUCAAAGUCUACGAUAUUUGCGCACGUGGCUUGGUGGAGGGUUGCUUCCAGGGAUACAAUGCAACAGUUCUGGCAUAUGGUCAGACAGGUGCAGGAAAAACACAUACAAUGGGUAGUGGUUUUGAUCUUGUGGUUAGCGAAUCAGAGCUUGGCAUCAUUCCUCGUGCUGUCUGUCAACUAUUCAGUACAAUCCAGGAGCGCAUUGCUGCAUCUCAUGCAAAUCGGCUCCCAGAACCCAUAUUUAAAGUCAGUGCACAGUUUCUAGAGCUAUAUAAUGAAGAAAUUUUGGACCUAUUUGAUAUUUGCCGUGAUCCAGACUCUCGGCAUCGAAAAUCCAAUAUUCGCAUCCAUGAAAAUGCUAAUGGUGGAAUUUAUGUCAGUGGAGCAAGCACCCGGAUUGUUAAUUCUGAGGCGGAGCUCCUCCAACUCUUGAAGGAAGGUGCUCUGUCUCGAACAACUGCCAGCACUCAAAUGAACUCUCAAAGCUCACGUUCUCAUGCAAUAUUUACUAUUCACCUGCAUCAAACACGUGUUUUAGAAUCUUCUCCGGCAGAUGCACCAUCAUUGGAGUAUGAAACACUAACUGCAAAGUUUCACUUUGUGGACCUGGCUGGUUCUGAGCGUUUGAAAAGAACUGGGGCAACUGGAGAGAGAGCUAGGGAAGGAAUUUCCAUUAACUGUGGAUUGCUUGCCCUGGGAAAUGUCAUCAGUGCCCUUGGAGAUCAGAGUAAGAAGAUUCUUCAUGUCCCCUACAGAGAUUCAAAACUCACUCGAUUGCUGCAGGACUCACUGGGCGGUAACAGUCAGACCAUGAUGAUAGCCUGUGUCUCUCCAUCGGAUCGUGAUUUCAUGGAAACCCUGAAUACAUUGAAGUAUGCAAACCGGGCUCGCAACAUAAAGAAUCGUGUGACUGCUAAUCAAGAACAAAAUGUUCAGCAAGUGCGAGCCUUAAGAGCGGAGCUGGCACGACUAAGACUAGAACUACAGGAGUACAAAGCUGGUCACCGUGUGCCUGGUUCUGAUGCUCUAAGUGACAUGUGUGAAGAAUUGUCUAUGCUACGCAGUGAAAAUUCCUCAUUGCGUCUUCGUGUUACAGCAUUGCAAGAAGCCAUUAGAGCCAUAAAUGCUCGUGUUACUCGUAUGGCUGGACAAGAGGCUGCUCGUCUCUUACAAAGGGCUGCUUUGCAGCUGGUGUAUGCAGCCUGGUGGAUUGACUUGGAUCUCACUAACACCUACAUGGCUCUAGCAGGGGCUCUCAUGGGUGACAAUAAUGAAGAAAUCCAGACCUUAAUACAGAACUAUAUUCAUGAGAUAGAAGAGCUGAGGACACGUUUGGUAGAAAGUGAAGCUAUGAAUGAAUCUCUGCGCCACAGUCUCUCAAGGGCUAAUGCACGCUCUGUGCUUUCUGGACCUACACCACCUACUCCUUCAUUUGAGGCUCAGGUUAAUGAUGUGGUGCGAAGAGCAAAGGAGGAAGUACACAGUAUUAUGAAGAAAGGAAGCCCGGAACCAAAGAAGAUAAAAAAAAGUGACAAACAACACUUUGAAAACAGAAAAGUAACAGAUGAAAAUGAAGGAGAAGCGGAAGAUGAACACGAAGAGAGUGAAUGUGAUGAGGAAGAAAGUGAGGACAGUGAGGAGAGUGAUGCAGAGUCUACUUCAGAAACUGAAGAGAAAGGCUCAAUUGGAGGUGAUCUAGCUGACUUGACCUGUGAAAUUGAAAUCAAGCAGCGCCUCAUUGAAGAACUGGAACAAAGUCAGCAACGACUCCAGACACUCAAACUUCAAUAUGAGGAGAAGCUUCAGCAGCUUCAGAGCCGAAUUCGAGACACACAACUUGAGAGGGAUCGUGUUCUUCGGGAGCUUAGCUCUAUGGAGUGUUAUACAGAAGAGAAAGCCAAUAAGAUCCGUGCUGAUUAUGAGAAGCGAUUGCGGGAGAUGAACAGAGACCUGCAGAAGCUACAAUUAGCUCAGAGAGAGCAUGCACAUCUUCUCAAGAAUCAGUCACGCUAUGAGCGAGAGUUACGCAAGCUACAGGGAGAACUAAGUGACAUGAAAAAAGCCAAGGCUGUACUUGUGAAACAGAUGCGUGAAGAGCAACAAAGAGGAAAACUUGUGGAGUCCAAGAGAAAUAGAGAGAUUGCUCAGCUGAAGAAGGAGCAACGUAGACAAGAGAUCCAGAUUAGAGCUCUAGAAUCCCAGAAGCGACAACAAGAACUUGUGCUAAGACGCAAGACUCAAGAGGUGUCUGCUCUUAAGCGUCUUUCUAGGCCAGCUAAAGAUCGAUUUGCAAAUCACACAACAUCACUUCCAGACUCUGGAGCAGAUCUGUCAAGUACAACAUCAUCGGAACUAGAUUGUAGUUCACGAUCAGUGUCCAGCAUUGUGCGACAAUGGAACUGCAAAACAACAAGUGAAACGGGUCCUCUACCUAAUGGGAGUCUGGCUUUGAGGAGAAAAGCAGGUCGACCACGGUUUCCUUUGAGCAAGGCUGCUCGUUUAAAAUGGCAAACUUUGGAAAAGCGAGUUCAUGAAAUAGUUUUACAGAGACUGACUCUACUCAAUUUAGAGAAUGAUAUGGAACGGUUGCUGCGGAAACGUGAGGAACUUUCACUUCUUCAAGAUGCACUGUUAAGUCGAACAGCCAUUAAUACAGAAGAAAGGAGUGGGGAAGAGCAAACACAGCAAGAUAUAGCAGAGGAGCUGGAAGCUUUAGCAGCCAAUAUUGAUUAUAUUAAUGACAGCAUCCGAGAGUGCCAGGCAAUAAUUGUUCAAAUGGAGGAAAGCAAAGAAGAACUGGACUCCACAGAUACCUCAGCUGUUAUAAGUUCGUGUUCUCUGGCAGAAGCACGCCAUCUUCUUGACAAUUUUCUUCGAGCUUCUAUAGAGAAGGGUAUGCAGGUAGCCCAAAAGGAAGCACAGAUUCGAAUAUUGGAAGCUCGAAUUCGACAGACUGAUAUGAAUAGUUUUUCACAAAGUCAAAUUCUAUUGGAGAAAUCAGAAUGUCAAUCCAUGCAAAAUGAAAAUGGAUAUGCCAGCACAGAUGAGGAGGUCUCGGAACUCAGUCAAAUGUCAGAUGGAAGUGUAUCACAAUCUUUAAAAGGCUCAAAUAGUCAGGAUGACUUUAAAUGGAAGGGAGAGCCUUGCCUUUCAUGGCAACUGAAGGCAGUGUCUGCAGAGUCCAUAAGUCCACUGGUUGAAGCCUCUUCUAAAAAUAUUACCAAAUCUUUAGCAUCUUUGACUGAUAUAAUGGAAGACAUUGGGGAAUUCUCUGCUACUUCUCUGCGUCGAAGAGGCUUACACAGCUUUACCCUGCCAGCACGUGGAAAUACCUUUCCAAGACAGUCCCGGGGCUCCAACACUUCACCUCUGACACGCAGAAAAUCUUAUGACAGAGUGCAGCUCAGAGGUCUAGACUCCCAUCUGAUACCUCCUUUAUCACCUCCAAUGCGUCUGCGUAAUGACAAGAAUGUCUUCUCCCGCCUAUCAAGCAGUCAGUCUGCAGGGAAUGCAUUAGAUAAGUCUGAUGAAAGUGACUCUUCCUUCUCAGAAAUACCCAGAGGGGUGAUUUCUCCUGUAGGCGGUCUAAAAGGUCCCAGAACAUCUCCACUCCAAUGUGUAGCAAUAGCAGAAGGGCAUUCAAAGCCUGUCCUCUGUGUAGAUUCUACUGAAGAACUACUAUUUACUGGAUCAAAAGAUCGUACCUGCAAGCUAUGGAACCUUGUCACAGGUCAAGAAAUUUGCUCCCUCCGUGGCCAUCCUAACAAUGUGAUAUCUGUGAAGAACUGUGCCAACACUGGAUUGGUGCUUACUGCAUCUGCUUCUUGUGUACGAUUAUGGGACAUCCGUGACUCUGCUCGCUGUGUUCGGACAUUGUUGUCAUCAGGUCAGGUGACCUCUGGAGACCCCUGUUCAAGUCUGCGUUCUGGUGGCAGUCAGGCUGAGCUACAAAUUAAUCAGAUUGCUCUGAAUUCUAAGGGAACAACACUAUAUGUAGCAGCUGGAAAUGCAGUGAGAGUUUGGAACCUGGAAAGGUUGCAACUCAUGGGGAAACUAACCGGGCACAUGGCACCAGUGAUGUGCUUGACAGUCAGUAGCACCACAAAUAACCGGGAUCUAGUUAUCACUGGAUCUAAAGAUCACUAUGUGAAGAUGUUUGUCUUACCAAGUGGUUGGGGAGGCAGCAUAACUCCGACCUAUAAUCUGGAACCUCCCCAUUAUGAUGGAAUUGAGUGCUUAACAGUACAGGAUAACAUUUUAUGCAGUGGUUCCAGAGACAAUGGUGUAAAAAAAUGGGAUAUUCAACGUCAUGAGCUCAUACAGCAAGUUCCUAAUGCACAUAGAGAUUGGGUGUGUGCUCUGAGCUUUGUAUCAGGACGCCCUGUGAUGCUCAGUGGAUGCCGAGGUGGUAUUAUCAAGGUUUGGAAUGUGGAAAACUUCACGUCUAUUGGAGAAGUUAAAGGACAUGACAGUACUAUCAACGCAAUGUGUAACAAUAGUCGUCAUGUAUUCACAGCAUCCAGUGACUGCCGAGUGAAGCUUUGGACCUAUGUUCCUGGCUUUACACCAUGUCUCCCACGACGUGUCCUGGCAAUCAAGGGCCGAGCAACUAGCCUUCCAUAAUUUGUUCUCCAUCUCUUACUUCCCCAUACUUACUUUCCUUUGUUUUUACCAACAUCUCUUCUCCUAUACAUCCAGGAGACAAAUAUCACUUGAAAAGAUUAUUGAUUGAGAGAUGUAAGAUUAGGGUUACAAUAAAUGUGUUAAUUGUUUAUUUAAUUCACAUAAAAGAUUAGCGUAUUUCUGUGAUUUUUGACUGUACAACAACCUUAUGGUGAAGAUAAGGAAUGGAAGCAAUGGCGAUUUCAAGAUGAAAACAGAACUAAAAACAGAAUGAUGGACAAUGUUUUUAUUGGUAUUGAUGUUCCAAAAAAAAACUAUUGAUGUUUAAAGAAAGUGCAAGUGUUUACUAGUAGUACAUUUCUUUCUGUUUGCCUAUGAAAUAUUAGGCAAAAUAAGCAGAUGAAAAGCCAAAAGGUGGAAAAGUAAUAUACAUAGUUACAUAGUUAAUAGGUUGAUUAAAGACAACAGUAAAUCAAGUUCAACCGAUUAUCCUUUUGGAGCAAAAAGCUUAUUGCUCCAUACUAGAGGAAAAAUUCCUUCCUGAUUCUAAAUAUGGCAAUAAAAUUUAAGUGUACCUGUCCUCAAAAAAAACUUUAUAUAUAAUGUAGAUAAUACGUAAUAAUAUGUAAUAAUAAUAAUAUGUAUAUAUGUAAUAAACAGUGGUUAAAAAUGUUGUUUAUUUAUGGGGGAAAAAGUGCUGUCCCUGCAGCUAUUGCCUGGGAGGAGUCCAAAUACAGGAAGUGAGGGCAGAAAAAGCAGGGCUCUGUGCAGGUUCCUGACUUCUCAAUCUUCCUGCUGUGUGAGCCCAUAGCAUGUCAGAGAGCCUCACUGCACAGGGCCCUGCUUGUCCACCCUCACUUCCUGUAUUUGGACUCCUCAUAGAGACACACAGGCAAUAGCUGCAGGAACAAAAAUAUACAUAUUUUUUUUUUAGCAUUCAAAGUUUUAUUUCAAGAAUACAAAGAAACAGAAAACAAGGCAGACAAAGAAAUCUGACAAACAGAAACAAAAUACAAGAAAUCAUCCACGAGUAUCCAGAGGUAAAAUAUACAUAUUUUUUGAGCAAUGAUUAUUACAAAUAUACAUAUAAUGGUUUUAUCUACAUUAUAUAAAAAAGUUUUUGUUGAUGACAGGUACACUUUAAUGUAAAAGAAGAACCUAAACAAGAGACCCAAAUCAAUUAAUGUGUUACUAUUGUUUUCUAAAUGUCAAGUUUUUGAACCAUGCUGUCAUAAAAGGGUAACUUGUUAAGUACCCUUUAAUAUAUAUAACCUCCCUGUUUAUUGUCAGUGUUCUUAAUUUUCUUUGUUAUACAUUGAAAAGCACAAUCCAAUUCAGAUGUCAGAGGACACAGUACAUAAAAAAAAAGUUUCAGCUACUUUUCACAAGGCAUUUUUCUACCUCUUAAUGUUAAUAACUCAGGGGCACAGCUAGGUAGGGGGGGGGGGCAGGACAGUCCAAUUAUGACUGAGCUCAGGCUGAGCACUGGGCCAGCCAAACUUCAGUGAAAGAAAAUAGUGUAACCAUGUGACAACCACCUGGUACAUAUACAUGUCACCUAUUUGUGAAGUGUGCUGGCGCAUUUACAAAACAGCUAUUGCUAAUUUAGUAACACUAGCAUGCCAUGGGGUGUGGCAGUAUCUUUCCUUAGUGCAGUAUGGGUCAGAUUUAUCAAUAGAGCAAGCAGCCUGGUAAUGAUUCCAACCAAGGUAAAAAUAAUUACAAAUAGGACCUGGUGUUUUGUUCUGCUUUUGGUAUAGUGACAAAAAAAUAAUACUAAGCCUCUUUGUAACUUUUUUUUUUUUUUGCUCAUAUAAUGCUAACUUAUCACCAGUAUUCCUGCAGUGUCAUUUAUUUCAAUCCAGCUCAGCUAAAGCAAUACAUAUCCAUAUAUCCAGGAGAUGAAACAAAUUAGCUCAUUGAUCAGCUAAGAACUGCUACCUGUUAUAUUUAGCAGUCAGGGUCUUAGCAAUGGGACCUCAAUUGAUAGUGAUGAACAAAUCAUUUUGAUUUGGAUUUAGAGGCCAUUUCGGAUUCAGAAAAGCCCAAAAUGUACAGAAAGGCUGGGUAUGACACUCUUAGGUCCCUUAGGACUGUUUCCAAACCCUUUUAGGCUUAUUAACACCAAGACAACAUUAGUAAAGUGUCUAGGUACUAUUCGAUUAUUUUGCUUUUUAAAUUAAAGAAUGGCAACAAAAAUGAUGCAAUUUUGGGAGCAGAUAUCAAAUGGUGUAAAUUGUUAGCACUGGAAGAGACAAUCCAAGCCAUCCAAAAAGGAUUUAAUAUUAUUUUAAAGGAAAUAAAUAAAUGUGCCUACUGUGCUUGGUUAUCCUAGCUUUAAAGAUAACCAAACUUUAGAUAUUACCAAAUAUAAUGUUUGGAAACGCGUUAUAUGGUAAAAUCUGUAGCCUCACCGUGAUAAUGCGGGCCAUCAAUCACGCAGAGGGGGCAUCACUACGGCUGGCGCAACGGGGCCAAGUAAGCAUAGCUCCCCGCCCAGGGGGCUACUUACAUUACCAUCCCUUGGGCCAAAAACGUGAGUGGUUACCAAGCAUUGCAUAUGGUAAAAUCUAAUGCAAAAUUAUCCCAUUUUUGGAAGUAGUUUAAGAUUUGUAACUGGUUAUUGGUCAGUUUCUGUACAGCAUAAAACAUGAUGGACAAGGCACAAGAUGUACGGCUGGCUGUGCAGGGCCAUUAGUAGUGGCCCUGAAAAGGAGAUGUGCCUCUGUGUAGGUCUAGUAGUAGCAGUACCACCAGGGGUAAUAGUAGUUGCAGUAACGGCAGCAGCAGCAGUAUGGAACAUGGCAGACAGCACACAAGAUGUGCUGCUGUGUUGGGCUAGUAAUAGUAGCACUAGGGAUAGCAAUAUGGAGGAUUAUGGACAGCAGAGGAGAUGUGCAGAUGUGUUGGGUUUGAAGUUUUAGAUAGAUGAUAGUGGCUGCAGCAGUAAAGUCUGGAACAUAAUGGACAAUGCAGUAAAUGUGCAAUUAGUAUCAUGGCAUUAGUAUCAUGUGUCUGCACAUGGCAGAUCUGUUUAAUGGCACUAGCCAGAGGUGAUGCAUGACUGAUUCAUUUUUACAAAGGUAAAUAUUUUUACACUCAUAGAGGACAAUUUUGUCCACCUCAGUCUGAGAAUUCCACCUGCAACACUGAAUACCCUCUCUAGCUAUGCCUCUGUAGUAGACAAAUUAUAUAUAAAGCUGUUUUUACUAUCUGAAAUGUCAUCAAUAUAGAUUGUACUUGAGACAAAAUGAAUUGAGGCUGCUUUAUACAGUUUGAAGUAAUACCUUUAUUUAAAGCACAUUUAAAACAUGUUUCUACAUUCUGUCUAUUUAAAUAUGUGUGCCAUUAAAAUGAAACAAAUAAAAAAUUAAAAUAAAUAUUUAAAAAAUCU